AUGAACGCUGACGAUAGCGACAGCCUGUGGUUGCAGAAAAGCAUUCAUAUGUCAGACCCGAUUCCAGAGGCCAAUGAGAGGACAAAUUCAAACCUUGACAGCAAACAGGAUGGGCAACCUACGGCGUCAAAAGUUUGGACAGACCCUGAAAUUGAAUUGACUAAGACACCUUUCAGUAUAACUUCCAUGCGACCACUGCAUUGCCCUUCGCAACGGCUCUCUGCUCGUCUUUCUGUGUCAAACACGGCCUUUGCGUCGUUUCAGGAGCUUGAUGACUUGCGCGCACGCGUGAGCCAAAUGACUCGCGAGCGUCUGAAGUGGUCAAAUGUCCAACGGGACUUGGAGCUUGCGCGAUUUGAACUCGCGCAGGCAAACGAGGAGCUAAAGACUAUGCGGGAGUACGUUAAAACGAUGAAGGGAGAUUUAGAUGAGGCGAACAGUCGAGCAGAUCGUGAGGUGAAGGUGCGUCACACGCUUGAAAUGCAAUUGAAGGAGACCAUGGGCCAGUGGAGGACCGAAACGGAGUUUCUAAAACAACAACUUGAUGACAUCAAGGCAGAAAACGCACAGCGUCUCACGGAGAUGGCGGAUCGCACGGACUUAGAAUGUAACUCCCGCACCGAAACUCUGCGGGAACAGGUCGUCAAGCUUUCUGAAGAACUAGAGGAACUGGAGGCGCGAAGUAUUCAAGUGGAGCAGGAGCGCGCACAUCUUCACAACAAAAAUGAGGACUUGCGUGAGCAUAUGAAUGAUAUUCGUGCAAAAUAUGAGGAAUCCAGGCGAUCACUAGAAGAAUAUUCCAGGCGCUGCACGGAGCUAGAGAAGAUGCACGCGGGGUUUGUGGAAGAGACUGAAAAAUCACAUGCCGAUGCGUUACACUCUCACAUAACGCUAAGCGAAGAACGCGUCCGCCAGAUCACAACAUCCAAGGAGAACAUGGUAAAAGAUCUCCGGCAAGAAUUACAGGCACAAAAGGAGAAAUCCCGCGCCCUCAGUGAUGAGCUUGCUUCCUUACGUUACCGGCAUCAGAUUGCUGAGGAGGAGUCAAAUCAGCAAAAUCUGGAUCACGUAAAGGAAAUAAAACGCCUUGAAGAUGAGCAUCGACUUGCCCUCUGUCAGCAACAGCUCCAGACUGAAACGCUUUUGCGAGAGACGAAGGGGGGCAUAUUAUCCAUGGAAGAGGAACGAUCUUCACUACGACGCCAGUUGUCGAGGACGUCGGAGGAGUUGUCGACUGUGACUACCAUUCUUGCUCAACGUGAGAAGCACAUUAGCCACCUUGAGAAGGAGCUUGCCGCAGUGAAGGAGGCUGCAUUGACAAUGCAGCAGGAACAUAUCUCUAUCUCCAAAGAGGCAGAGGCGGCGCACGAGGCCCUGAACCACGCCGAGGAACGAGUACGACGGCUGAUGGCGCGACAAGAUACAUCGGAUGCUGAUUAUUCAAGGGACUUGCGAGAAGUAAAGGAGCAGCUCACCUCCACCCAGGAAGAACUUGUGCGUGUGAGGAGUGAGCUCGCCUCCGCUGCGCAAGAAAAAAUGCGGCAUGAGGUGGAGUGCAGGGGUAUCAUCUCUGAGCUGCGAGCGAACUUGGAGGAGGCGAGAUGUGAUAAGGGUGCCAUACAGCAAAUUACCAGUGAAAAGAAACGCGCUGACGAGCUUGUGGAGGAGUACAGGGGUAAGUAUCUUUCCAUGUGCAAGAGGGCGGAAAAUCUUGAUAUUGAACUUUCUGCCGCAUCAAACAGGUGCACUCUACUUGAAAAGCGUCUUGAUGAGGAGUUGCGUCGUUCGAUACGAAACGCCUCUUGUUCCCCCACUCCGCAGCGGCAAAAUUGUGUGAACAAGCGACUUCGAAGUCCCUCGUCGUUUAACGUGCCACUAUCCGUGACAACGCAUCCGACAAAGAGGAGUCGGUCUGUUGAACCGAGGGUUUUCACAAUUAGUGGAUUUGAUGCGUCGGAUUUGCUAAGCCAAAUUAAACAAUUACCCCACGCCACCGUUGCAGAGUGUCGGUCCAACACACCUGUCCCUUCUAACUUGACUCACCUUGUUACAAACGGCCAGUUAACUAUUAAAUUACUUACAGCCUUGGUGCGUGGUUGUUGGAUAUUGCCGGACGCCUAUGUGCAUGAAUCGCUGCGGAAUCAACGAUGGCUUGAUGAAAGUGCCUAUGGGUUUCGUCACGAGGUUCUCCCGCUUUCUCAACAACGAAUUGGAUUCACUGAGGGCUUUGUCUCUUCUAGGCACUACAACACGGCCAAACUUAUUAUUGACGAGGGGGGUGCCACUGUGGAGAGUGAGUUGCGUAUAGCAGACAUCGUUUUGUGCAUCCACUCUGAACUUGACAGUCUUGGAGGUAUACAUGCAAUGACGUGGGACAAACUUGUGGAACUCAUUUAUCCAGUGAAGAUAGGCGAUACGCAGUAG